AUGAUUAUAAAUAGCUCAGACAUAUUUUGUAACUAUGAAGAAAUAGGUAACUUCACCAACAACUCGUCAUGUGUGAACACGACUCAGUCCUCACCCAGCUUCAUCGACCUGGCGACGUUUAUGCACAUAUUCCCGUCCAUAUACGGCAUCCUGUGUACUAUAGGAGUGAUCGCCAACGGUUUGGUGAUUUACGCAGUGGCGACAUGCAAGAAAAAGAUUGUAUCGGACAUCUACGUGCUGAACUUGGCCGUCGCAGAUAUGCUCUUCUUGCUGGUGAUGCCUUUCAACAUUCACCAGCUGGUCCGGGACAGACAGUGGGUGUUCGGGAACUUCAUGUGCAAAGCUGUCGUGGUGGUGGAUGUUAGCAACCAGUUCACUACGGUGGGGAUUGUAACGGUGCUGUGUAUUGACAGAUACGUUGCCAUCGUCCACCCCACCUCAGAGAAGCGGACCAUCCAGUGGACCAUCAUCAUCAACAUCCUGGUGUGGGUCGGCAGCUUCCUCCUCACCGUGCCCGUCAUGAUCUACGCCAUGGUGGUUAGGAAGCGCGACUUGGAGAUAUGCAUGAUGUUCCUGGACGGGCCUGAGGACAUGUACUGGUACACUCUCUACCAGUCCAUCCUGGGCUUCAUCUUCCCUCUCAUCAUCAUCUCCACCUUCUACUCCCUCACCCUCUACCACGUCUUCAGAUCCAUCCGCAGAGUCAAGCGUAAACAGACUGUCUGGGCGAAGCGCGCCACCAAGACCGUGGUGAUGGUCAUUGCUCUCUUCCUGGUGUGCUGGAGCCCAUAUCACGUGAUCCAGGUGAUUAACUUGAGCAACAACAGGCCAACCAACACCUUCGUGUAUGUCUACAACAUCACGAUCUGUCUGAGUUACUCCCACAGCUGCAUCAACCCUCUGAUGCUGCUCAUCUUCGCUCAGAACUAUCGCGAGCGUCUCUGUCACAGGAAGGAGUUGAGGAGCUCGCAGCAGAACUCCUCCAAGACCACUGUGGUCAAGACAGACGGCUCCAGCGUGGCCACAGACCCCAACUACCGCAGCACAGCCAUGUAAUAAUAGAGGCAUUGCCACUCGCAUACUGUAUGUGUGAAUGGGUAGGACAUUUGUUCGUCCCAAUAAGACUACCGAAAGUCAACUGUUUUCGUUCUGCCAUCUUUGACGAACUUGAGCAUUUUAUGAAUUACUGAAGUUACAGUAGUUGAACUACACUGCUAUCUUUCCAGGGAACAGAAGUGGUACUGUGUGUUAGUGGAUGGAUUACCCAACUGACUGUACCUGCUUCAUCAUCACUAAGAAUCAUUGAUCCUGUGGUAGCCAAGUGUUUACUGAAUCGUUGUGUAAGCCGAGCUACUCUGAGAAUGGACUGAGAUUGUUCAGAA